GUUUAGCGUCGAAGGGCGUCGAUUAAGAAACAUUCGCUAAAGAAACACAGUAUUUUCAACGUAAUAAAAUAAUGUUAGAUAAUAUUCCAAGUAUCAGUGAUGGGAUACGGUUGUCCGUAAGAAGACUGCCCAACAUCUUAAGAAGCAGCGAGCAGCAAUACCAUCAGGAGGGUGGGAAGCAAAGUACUUUCUUCUCGCAGUCCGUCAGGAAGAAAAACAGGGCGGUAUGCAACAUAUUCGUUAUGGGAUUAGCCGAACUCCUGGGUACUGCCCUUCUGCUAUUUUUGGGUUGCAUGGGAUGCGUGAGUGGAGUUAGCGUCGUUCCGAUUCCUCACCAUUUGUCCGGAAUAAUAUUUGGAAUGACAGUCCUGCUUAUAAUUCAGCUCUUUGGUCACAUCUCUGGCGCCCACCUAAACCCCGCCGUUACACUAUCCUCGGCAAUACUGGGGCAUCUUAAACCGCUACUGGUACCAGUGUACAUCGCGGCACAAUUCAUCGGCGCAUUCCUAGGUUUCGGGCUCUUAAAGGUUUUAAUACCGGAAGACUUGGCGGAAGAAUUCAACGGUGACGUGAACGGUACGGCGGUGCCCGCGGUGGCGAAACCGGGACUGUGCAGCACAACUCUACACCCCAGGUUGACAUCGAUGCAGGCUUUGGCAAUCGAAGCUAUCAUAACUACGGUUCUCAUUAUGAUCUGCUGCUCGGUUUGGGACAAAAGAAACGCAAAGAAUACAGAUUCCACGCCGGUCCGAUUUGGUUUGAUCAUCAGCGUCAUUUCGAUGACAGCGGGCCCCUUCACUGGUGCAAGCAUGAACACUGUGAGAAGCUUUGCGCCCGCUGUAUUCAACGGCGACUGGGAUUCGCACUGGGUAUACUGGGUUGGUCCAACUCUUGGCGCACUAAUCGGAACGUUCUCUUACAAAUUCCUUUUUGAAGAUUCGGACGACGAGGAGGACUCCAAUGAAGACAAAUUAAACAACACCGAAGAUAUUCCUUUACAUGAAAGCCACAUACGUAUGAAAAACAACAUUGUGUAAGAAGCAAUAUUUGCCCAAUAAACCCAAUUUUAUAUCCUAUGAAGAUUGCUCCAAUUAACCGUACUGAUUUCCCUGCACACUGUUCGAAAAAGUGUGUUUUCCAAAAUGUUCACUAAGUGAAAGAUCAAUAAUUAUUCGAAGCAAUAUUUGCUUUUUAAUUUAUUUAUAGUGUAGAUCUGUUUGUUUGGUUGGGUAAAGAUUGUGCAGGAAGACUAUGGUUGCAUUAUUUUUUUAUAAUUGACGGAAAAACUGAAAAAGUGAGAAUCGUUUUUAAUUUUACCAGUAAGUAGUAUUUUAAUGUUUUUAAGUUUAUUCGAUGUUGGAAUAUGCAGCCAUGAAUGAUUGUGAUUUUAUAUAAGUAGGAAAAACAAACUAUUUUUUAUACGCAUGCAAUUGUGCAAGAUUCUACUUGUUCCUUACGUAUAGCUAUUUUUAGUGAAUCUUGUACCAAUUUGUUGUAUUACUUUCAGGGUAAUGUAAAUGAUAUUAUAUUUGUGAUAUAGAGAUAUAGAUAUAGACUUUGUAGAUUGAAAAAUCGUUUCGCAUAGACUUUACUGAUUAAUCCCACUUCUUGUAGUAUUCAAUGCAGAAG